AUUUUGGCCUCACUUGUUGCGUGAACGGACUGAUCUGCUUUCAGAAAUCAAAAACAUUUUCCAAGCUAAAAAGACCGUCAGAACAAAACUAAGAAACACAUCAAAGAUCCCUCACAACAGCAUGAAUAAGGAGAAUCUCCUGUCUGCAGUCUAGGGUUAUGCACCUGGGACGGGGCUGCACGUGCAGGCCCUCCCACACUGCUUCUCAUUGGUUAGUGGCGUGAAGUCAUGACGUCGAUUUUAGCAAGUUUUCAUUUCCGAUGUUUAUCGCUGCAUGGUCAUGACUGUCUUCAUCAACACAUGUAUCAGUGCUGAACUUCACCUAAGAUGAGUGAAACAGAGAAACAGAGAGACAGAUCAGGAUCACCUGUAUUCAGCUCUGUGUCUAUAAAGAGUGACCACUCCAAAGGUGAUGGACCAAACUUCAGGGAGAAAACACCAACAGCUACUAAAAGAGACAGAUCAAGAUCAGCUGUAUUCAGCUCUGUGUCUAUAAAGAGUGACCACUCCAAAGGUGAUGGACCAAACUUCAGUGAGGAAACACCAACAGCUACUAAAAGUAACCAGAGACCGGAGACCUCAGUAAAUAUUGGUUCAGAAAUUAACCGAUGGAAAGCAUUAAAAGAACAGAGAGGUAUAAAGAGUGAUGAGGAACUGGCAACUUUUCUGAUCAACAGGCAUCGAUAUGAGACAUCAGAGGCAGACAUUCAGAACUCUGAAGACGAUCUUCCCCGGAUCUUCAAGGAUCUUGAGUAUGAAAUAAACACAUUUCAGAAGAAAGAGUUGGAAAGGUUUCAGAAGAUAUUAAGAAACGAAAACAUACAAGACUUAGUGAAAGACUAUAAGGACAGAAACCAAAUCAGAGAAGCAUUUCUUGAUAUCACACUCCACUUUCUCAGAUGUUUGAAACAAGAUGAAUAUGCUGAUAAGCUGGAAGAUGAGCUUGUAUACAUCUGUAAACUGAAAUCUAACCUGGAGAAGAGAUAUCAACAUGUCUUUGAAGGAAUUGCAAAUCAUGGUGACUCCACACUUCUAAAUAAGAUCUACACAGAUCUCUAUAUCACUCAGGGUGGAGGUGAACAAAUCAAUACUGAACAUGAGAUAAGACAGAUUGAAGUCACUUCCAGGCAUCUAGAAACAUCAGAGACACAGAUUGAAUUCAGAGAUUUGUUCAAACCACAUGAACGAGACCAAAACAUCAGAUCUGUGCUAACAAAAGGAGUUGCUGGCAUUGGAAAAUCUGUUUCCGUUCAAAAGUUUGUUCUGGACUGGGCAGAGGGAAAGGAAAAUAAGAAGAUCAGCUUUAUAUUCCCUCUACCCUUCAGAGAGUUAAACUUAAACGAUAAAGAAAGAAUAAGUCUGAUGGACCUUAUAGGUCAGUUUUUUCCAGAGGUCAAACAACUGGACCUUACAAGAAAAAAAGUGCUGCUAAUCUUUGAUGGAUUGGAUGAAUGUCGUCUUCCUCUGAAGUUUGACAGUAAUGAGAUGUUGUGUGAUGUCACAUCUCCUGCUUCUCUGGAUGUUCUCCUAACAAACCUCAUCAAAGGAAAUCUGUUUCCUUCUGCUCUCAUCUGGAUAACCACCAGACCAGCAGCAGCCGGUAAGAUUCCACCUGAAUGUAUUGACCGGGUGACAGAAGUACGAGGAUUCAAUGACCCACAGAAGGAGGAGUACUUCAGAAAAAGAUUCACUGAUGAGAAUAUGGCCAACACCAUCAUUGAUCAUGUUAAAAAAUCUAAAAGUCUCUUCAUCAUGUGUCACAUCCCAGUCUUCUGCUGGAUUUCAGCCACUGUGCUCCAGAACAUUCUGGAGAAGAAGAGGAAAAACGAUCAGUCUGAUGACACAACAUCUGAGGAGACUCCUAAAACUCUGACACAAAUGUACACACAUUUCUUUCGCUUUCAGAUUCAACAGAGUAGAAGAAAAUAUGAAAAAGAAUACUCACCUGAUAUUUGCUGGGAUAAAGAUGUUAUCCUUUCACUGGGAAAACUGGCAUUUCAACAGCUGGAAGGAAGCAAUUUGAUCUUCUAUGACUCAGACUUAGAGGCCUGUGGCAUUGAUAUAACUAAAGCAUCAGUUUACUCAGGGAUGUGCACACAGAUCUUUAAACAGGAAACAGGGAUCAUUACUGGUACCAUGUACUGUUUUGUUCACUUGAGCAUUCAGGAGUUUACUGCAGCUCUGUAUGCACAUCUGUUUCUGGACAUCAACAAGAAAAAUGUGUUUGUUCAAGAUCACACAGGACAGGAAAACAAUGAAACAAUGAUUGGUUUACUGAAGACUGCAGUGGAUAAAGCACUUGAGAGUGACAAUGGACAUCUGGAUCUUUUCCUUCGCUUCCUCCUCGGUCUGACGCUUAAGUCCAAUCGUCCGCUCUUACGAGGUCUUUUAACACAAGAAGAGAGCAAUGAACAAAGCAACAAGGAGAUAGUGGAGUACAUCAAGUUGAAAUUAGAUGACAAUUCAUCAGCAGAGAGAUCCAUCAAUCUGUUUUACUGUCUGAAUGAACUGAAUGAUCAAUCUCUGGUAAAGGAGAUUCAAAAGCAUCUUAGAGAAGGAAGUCUCUCAUCUGCUGACCUUUCACCUGCUCAGUGGUCUGCUCUGGUCUUUGUGUUGCUGACAUCAGAAGAAGAACUGGAGGAGUUUGAGCUUCAGAAAUUCAAGAAAUCAGAUGAAUGUCUCAAUAGAUUAUCACCAGUCGUCAAAACCUGUAAACAAGCUCUGUAA